AUGGUUAUGCAACGUCAACAUCACAAAAAGUCCAGAGGCGGAUGUCUAGAAUCUCAUACGUCACAACUGCCACGGAAUUCUUCAGCUAAAGCCAUAAGGAGCCCUGCACAGGCAGCAUAUGAAACAUCUCCUAGUAAUCUUUUGACCGACUUCUCUUACUCUUCGGGUGCUUCUUCGCCGCAACGUCCUUACCACCCGGCGGACGAGUUCGACCUGCAUGAUCUCGGCCUCUUGCAUCACUGGAUUUUGAAGACGAGCCGCACGAUUUUCCAGUAUCCUGUCGUUGAUAAUUCCUGGAGCGUUAGAUUACCUCAGCUUGGGCUUCAGCACCCCUUUGUCAUGUAUGGCAUUCUGAGUCUGGCCAGUCUGCACUUCGCCUCUUUAGACCCAUGCAAAAAGGAGAGCCACAUGUCCACAGCUGUUUCUUACUAUUACCUUGGACUGAAGAAAUUCCGUGAAGCUAGCGAGGAAUCAAUCGGAGACUGCAACGAUGCUCUUGUCGCCUUCUCAAUUUUCAACAUCAUUUACUCUUUCGCCACUUUCGGCCCAUUAUCUCAGCAUACCGGAACUGUGCCCCGGACUUCCUGUGCUCUUGGCCUCGAAUGGAUAUAUUUAAUCCAAAGCGUCCAAGCGGCGGCACGUCCUAUGGACAAACACGUUUACGAAAGGUGGUUGAGCAUUAUACCUUUCGAGGAGAUUGACUCGGGUCUUGAGUUGGUUGCUGGAGAUUAUUGCUUUCUUCACAUUCAGGGAUCUUACGAAAACAGCAGUCCUUCGGACAUGGAAAUGUAUGACUCUACGCUCACUCUUCUUAGGCGCUGUCAUUGUUGUAUGGUUCGUUUAUGGGACGGGAGUGAUAGUCAAAUCGAAGCUCACGGCUUCAGUAAAUGGGUUAGUCCACUCAUUUUUCUGCAGUACCUUUCGGACGCAUACGUCGACAAGCUAUACCAACGCCAACCGCCCGCUCUCAUUUUGUUUUCCUUCUUCGGUGCGUUGUUGUCUGCUUACAAUGACUCUUGGUUCAUGGAGGGAUGGGCGACGUCGAUAGUAUCGGCUGUUGAUGAUGCUCUGGGUGACUCCUGGGCGUCAUACACGGACUGGUGUCGGGAAACAGUCGCGAUAGGUUGGGUACCCUGGGCUACCGCGAGUUGA